UCCUCUGCCGGCUCCACUUCAUUCAGUCUCAGUCAGACAGAGGAGGCUCCUCUCGCGUCGCUACUUCAUCGUGAAGAGGAACGGCUGUAUUUUUUUUUUAUCCCAGCAUUCUGGACUAAUGGACACACUCUUUGUAAAUGCUUUUUAAGAAUCAACACUCUAGGAAGACGCACACUGGCUACUCAGCAGGCCCAGGCCUUGAGUCUUAUUUGAAAGGAUUUAACUUCACUGGUGAACCUCCUUGGCUUCUCUGCACCUGAUAGUAACUGCAACAAUAGAUUUCAUCUCUUUCAUAUCCAGUUUACUAGUGACUAAUCAAAAGGACUGCUUGUGACCAUGAACACCGCCGCUCCCACCGAGUUGGACUUCUCUUUCCUGGAGGAGGGUUUCUCCGCCCGGGAUAUUGUUGAGCAGAAGAUCAAUGAGUCAUCCAUGACGGAUGACAGGGAUGCCUUCUACGUCUGUGACUUGGGAGAUGUACUAAAGAAACACCUGCGCUGGGUGAGGGCGCUGCCUCGCAUCACUCCUUUCUAUGCUGUCAAAUGCAACGACAGCCGGGCUGUAGUUACGACCCUGGCAUCCCUGGGAGCUGGCUUUGACUGUGCAAGCAAGGUGGAGAUUCAGAUGGUUCAGUCUCUGGGAGUGGAUCCAAGCAGAAUCAUCUAUGCCAACCCCUGCAAGCAAGUUUCUCAGAUCAAGUACGCGUCCGCCCAUGGGGUCCGGAUGAUGACCUUUGAUGGCGAGUUGGAACUCAUGAAAGUGGCCCGCACUCAUGACAAUGCCAAGCUGGUGCUGCGUAUUGCCACAGACGACUCCAAGGCACUGUGUCGCCUCAGUGUGAAGUUUGGGGCCCAGCUCAAAGCUUGUCGGGGUCUCCUGGAGCGGGCUAAAGAACUGGGGCUGGAUGUGAUCGGCGUCAGCUUCCACGUUGGCAGCGGCUGCACUGAUCCCGAGACCUACUACCAGGCUAUUGCCGAUGCCCGCAUUGUCUUCGAUAUGGGGGAUGAGCUGGGCUUCAACAUGGACCUGUUGGACAUCGGAGGCGGUUUCCCCGGUUCAGACGAUACUGAGCUCAAAUUUGAAGAGAUCACCGCAGUAAUCAACCCAGCCCUGGACAAGUAUUUCCCUGCUGACUCUGGCAUUAAGGUCAUUGCUGAGCCUGGGCGCUUCUAUGUGGCCUCUGCUUACACACUGGUUGUCAACAUCAUUGCCAAGAAGGUCAUCAUUGACGACGAGUCAGCCUCUGACGAGGAAGACGAAGGGACCAACGACAAGACUCUGAUGUACUAUGUCAACGAUGGAGUGUACGGAUCCUUCAACUGUAUACUCUAUGACCAUGCUCACUGUUUGCCAACACUACAUAAGAAGCCAAAGCCGGAUGAGGCCAUGUACCCCUGCAGCAUCUGGGGCCCAACAUGCGACGGCCUCGAUCGCAUUGUUGAGCAGUGUGACCUGCCUGAGCUGCAAGUGGGCGACUGGCUGGUCUUUGAGAACAUGGGUGCCUACACGGUGGCCGCCGCCUCUACCUUCAACGGCUUCCAAACGCCUGACAUUCACUAUGUCAUGUCCCGCACUGCCUGGCAACAUGUGCAGCAGAUCUGUUCCCAGGGCAUGCCAGCUCCUGCGGAGGAGUCUUGCCUUUUUGAAGUGCCAGCCUGCUGUGGACGAGAGAGCAGCUUGGAGAUGCCCACUAAGCCCUGCCAGGCCCAUGUGGUUUAAACACAUACUGCACACCACAGCAAUGUUCUCCAGAUCUUGCAUCCUUUGGUAUUAAUUAUCAGAGUUUUUUUUUUUUCCCCCCUUCUUCCCAAAUGGACGUCGACAUUUCAUGGCCAGUUACUUGACAGGAGAACGAGAGGGGCGUGUUGCACAACUUUUCUGUGUUCUGUGUGGAAGUGGGGAUCAACCCUCAAAUGAAAUGAGGCUGAAUCACACUCUGAGUGUCUCUGUGUGUUCCAGGCAGAGUGUUACAGGGCAGCUCUGUACUUGAGCUUGUUGCUGCAGUCUUCCCGCCCUAAUUUGGGGGGGAAUAACUGUACGAACUGGAGAACUGUAGUUCAUGAAGAAAUAGUGUAGGGAGAGAAACCGUUGCUUUGCAGAAUAAAUCCUUCUCUGAAAUGUUUCCCAUCACCAUAGGACUCACAACACUUGAAACUGUAGCAAAAGUCCAAGAGGUGAAGGGUCGCUCGUGCUAUUAAUUUAUUACUUAUUAAAAGAAUACUAGCAGAUUGCUUCCACCUUAGGCAAUCGCCAGUGGUGACUGACAUUAUUAUUAUUAUUAUUAUUAUUAUUAUUAUUAAUAAACUGCUGACCCUUUUUAUCCCUGUUAACAUCUGGAGUCACAUCCCUAUCUAGUAACUUGCAAAGAGGUGGUUGGAGGGGUGAUUUAAUUCCUCAAAAAAUGGCUGCUAUGUUUAUAUUUAUCUUUUCCAUGAUCUCCACUUCUGUACAGAACCUCAAGUGUUAAUCCUCAAGAUGCUGACAUAAAAUCUAACAUUUUAUAGGUAUUCUUUUCCAUGCAAAAUUUGAAUUUUGGAUAUAGCUACACACAGAAACUUACAGUAAAUGCAUGCAUCACUUUCUGCAUGUCAAAACACCAUAGUGUGUGUCCAUGCUGCAGCAUUUGAAUUUGUCAUACAGCACCAUAGAUAUAUAUACACUAAAUAGACUACGCAUGUUACAGGUGCAACCCCAAAAAAUAUCUUCAAGAUUAACACUUAAAACACGGGGACUCAAGAAGCACACUGCACCUCUCCUCUUCUCCUCCUUAUUUUUAUUUUUUUAUUUUAUUUUUCUUGUAACUUGUAGAAGCAGGAAGUCUGUUCAUGAUUAUAAGCAGCAGUGUUAAACCAUACAUUUGAAAUGGAUACGAAAGAGACGGGAUUGCAAAUUCAUAAUGCUUUCCUAUGGAAACUUUUUGAAGUUUUGUAUUUUUGUAAUAAAUAAAACAUUAGGUGCAGAGCCAGA